AUGCUAGCCACUCUCUUCCUGGUUGUGCCUGUGGGAUUUCUUCUCCUCAUCACGGGAUUGGUCAUUCUCAUGAAGUGGCACGAAGCCAAAACACUUGCUAAACUUCAUGUGGUGGUCAGUAACAGCAGCACUGUUCAAGCAACAACAUCCACCUCUCCUUUAACUCAUCACCAUGAAACAACCUCCAUCGAGUCGUCUUCCACGAUGAAUGCACAACAAGAGGAUGAAGAUGGAGCUGCAACCUUCCUUCACACCACCACAGAAAAGAGAAAAAAGAAAAUUGCAUAUGAACUUCUCGAACCUGUUCCAGUGAAACAACUGGUUCAUUUCAAUGCUCUACAAACAGCAUGGAUGACUUUCAAUAAGAAAGAUCAACGAUCGGUGCAACUCUAUGAAUCUGCUUUUCGUAGAAAUGACUUUCGUCCAGUGUUGAUUUUUUUCGGAAGAGUUCCAGUCAUGCAUUUUGCAAGUCCGAGUGCAGCUCGUGUCUUCUUUAUGAAAUGGAAAGAAUUGGAGAAGGACAAUUCGAUCAUUUUUGGACAAACUUUUCACAAAUUUGUUGGAAUUAAUGUUGUGUUUGCGAACGGAGACGUUUGGAGGAGACAACGUUCUGUCAUUACACCUGCCUUUAAUGAAAUCGAGAGAUUUAUGGAUGUGUUUGUUGAGAAGGCUCAAAAAUCUGUCUCGUUAUUGGAAGACAUGUUCAAAGAAAAGGAUAUGAACGAAUUGACAAUUUCUCCAUUGGAUGUGACCACUCGAUUGGCUCUCGAUGUGUUAGGACAAACCAUCUUCGAUGUAAAUUUUGACUACUUGUCACAAAUUAUCGAAGGUCCAAAUUCACAAGCAGUGAAAACUCAGAAAAAACAACAAGCUCUUGAAGCGUAUCAUUAUGUCAUGUGUAAUUUGUUAAACCCUGAGAGAGUUAUUCUUGGGAAAGCAUUUACUUCACUUCCAUUAGAAAGAAAUCGCAAAAUGGAAAAUGCCAUUCAAACCUUUAGAAGUUUUUUGGAUGACAUUAUUGUGGAAUUUAGAAAUCGAAAGCAUGAACAGCCAGAAGAAAGCAUUCACAGGGAUGUCAAACAAAAAACACUUUUGGAACUCAUGGUGGAUGCUGUCGAUGAGGAAGGAACUGCUCUUACCAAUGAAGAAUUGAAAGAUCAAUGUGCCAUUUUCUUUUUGGCAGGUCAUGAAACAACUGCCAGUGCUAUGGCUUCCCUAUUUUAUUCACUUGCAAAAUAUCCACAUGUUCAAGAAAAAUUGCUCGAAGAAAUUUCCAACACCUUUUCACACGAUGAAAACAUUUCAAAUUACAACAAACUUCAAAGUAUGAACUAUUUGGACUGCGUCUUGAAAGAAAAUAUGAGAUUAUUCCCUCCCAUUACUCAAUUACCAUUGCGUGUGUCCAAUUCCCCUCAAGUCAUUGAGGGAUAUAAGGUUCCAAAAGGAUUCAUUGUGACUCUUAAUAUUUAUGCCUUACAUCGAAAUACUCAGGUGUGGGGCGACGAUGCAGAAGUGUUUAGACCCGAAAGAUUUAUGGAAAAUUCCUAUCCUCCAUUUUCCGUGGCCUAUUUUGGUGGUGGACCAAGAUUGUGUUUGGGAAAACAAUUUUCAUUGCUUGAACAAAAAUCAUUUAUCAUUUCACUAUUGCAACGUUUCAAAAUUGAAUUGAGCUAUCCUGAUCAAGUGAUGAAAUUCAACAAGAGUCAACCUGGUCUUGCCCAUGAAGAAGGUUUUAAAUUGAAGCUUGUAAAAAGAAAGAACUUGUAG